AUGCAGCGCGCGGCCGCCCAGACGCAGUGCCAGGCAGCGGCGCCCGCGCGGCGCGUGCCAGCGCUGCACCCCGCGGCGGGCAUGCCGCGCAGCGUGCCUGCCAGCGGCGCCGCCGCCGCGCCGCCCACCACGGUCGGGCAGCCCAUCGAGUGCAAGGCGGCCAUCGCCUGGGAGGCCAAGAAGCCUCUAGAGGUGACCACAGUGGUGGUGGACCCUCCCCAGGCGGGCGAGGUGCGCAUCAAGAUAGCCGCCACCGCGCUGUGCCACACCGACAGCUACACCCUGGAUGGGCUCGACCCAGAGGGGCUCUUCCCCUGCAUCCUGGGCCACGAGGCGGCGGGCGUGGUGGAGAGCGUGGGGGAGGGGGUGACCAGCGUGGCUCCGGGAGACCACGUCAUCCCCUGUUACCAGGCCUACUGCGGGGACUGCAUGUUCUGCAAGCACCCCAAGUCCAACUUGUGCACCUCGGUGCGUGCGUUCACCGGCAAGGGUGUGAUGAAGGCGGACGACAAGCCUCGGUUCCGCACGCUGGACGGCAAGCCGCUCUUCCACUUCAUGGGCACCUCCACCUUUUCGGAGUACACCGUGGUGCAUGAGGUGUCUGUGGCCAAGAUCCCAAAGGAGGCACCUCUGGACAAGGUCUGCCUACUGGGCUGCGACAAGUUUGAGGCCGCCAAGCGGUGGGGCGCCACCGACUGUGUGAACCCCAAGGACCACGACAGGCCGGUGCAGGCGGUGCUGGUGGAGAUGAGCCCCACGGGCUGGGGCAUCGACUACACCUUUGAGUGCAUCGGAAGCGUGGAGGUCAUGCGCGCUGCGCUGGAGUGCGCGCACCGCGGGUGGGGUGAGAGCAUUGUGAUUGGGGUGGCGGCGGCGGGCAAGGAGAUCUCCACCCGACCCUUCCAGCUCGUCACGGGGCGCGUGUGGAAGGGCACCGCCUUUGGCGGGUACAAGAGCCGGCUGCAGGUGCCUGACCUGGUGGAGAUGUACCAGCGGGGCGAGACGAUGCUGGAUGACUACAUCACCCACACCAUGGCCUUUGACGAGAUCAACACAGCCUUUGACCUGCUGCACUCGGGCAAGUGCCUGCGCUGCGUGCUCACCUUUGACUAG